CCCGCAUCGAAAGGGAUGGCACCGUCGAAAAAACAGAGGCAAUCGACAAAGGAAUCGUUGGCGAACAGGUUGAAAGGGGUCCCGCCCAAAGGGCUGGCGCAGAUGUGUGCCAGCAUGACACAGCUGAACGACACGGAAAUCCAAUUCCUUCAAAAAGCGAUGCUCGACGUCCAAAUCCAUGAACUGACGGACCAACUCAAAGCGACACAACAAGUCGCGGCUGCCGAGAAAGCAUCCUUCACCAAGCAACUUCGAGACCACGACCUCGUCAUCGACGAUCUCAAGAGCGAUGUGCGGCGAUACGAAGCAUAUAUUCAAAACUUGGCCAACGACCGCGCCGCGGCCGAGAACGCAGAGAGCGAAGAACACCUCGUGCUACUCAAGACCAAUGCCAGACUCAACUCUGAGCUGUCCGUUGCCCUCGAUCAUAUCGCACAGUUGAAAACCCAAUGCAAACAAUACGAAAGCAAGCUCGAAACCCUUCUGACCAGCCACUUGCACUACUCCAUGGCGCCGCCAGACAAAUCAUCUGGAGAUGCUGAAGCGUCGUUGGAUGCGACGAGUUGUUUCAUGGCGACUAACAACAGCUCCAACCACCCCAACUGCUUGGUCCCCAUGCUUCUGUCAGCCCUUCAGCACCGACCCGUCUCCGUGCCCAUUCAAGUCGACGCUACCACAGCUCUCUUCCACUUGCUCAAGGAAACUCGAAACGUCCCUGUAUUUCUCGACAUGCGUGGCAUCGACACCAUCUGCGACGUCAUGGAGGGCCUCCCAACGCAUGCUCAAAUUCUGCUCAACGGCGGGCACAUCUUGUGGAAGCUGACAUUUUCGAGCCGAGGGCUCCACGCGUUGCGAUCUUCUUCGAGAGCGGUCGUGGUCCUUGUGGCUAUGCUGAAGCGCAUAUCGGUCGAUGCAGCCAAGCAAUACUGCUGGCUGCUUCACCACGUUUUAACUAAAUGGCUGGCACAAGAUGGUGAAGCUGCCGAGCCCCUCGAACAACCCUUGCCUGCUUCGCACGACAGUUGUGCGGAUGUCAUGCCGCUCCUACUCACCCUCGCUAAUCGCACCUUCGAGACCAAUCUGGGCUUCGUUGCGCUGGAAGCGGCGUACAAACUGACGAAGAUCAGCCCCCUCUCGAUCGAUCACUUGCUUGGCUUCAUUACGUCGCCACAAUUUGAGCACAUGGUGGCGAUCCCUGCGCUGCAACUCGUCGUCAUGCGCCUUGUGACCAUGCAUGUGCAUGUUCAUGGCAUCUUGGAGUUGCCAGAGCCUUGUCGAUGCAUUAUCUCGAACGCUCUGCAAGCCCUUGACAUGGCCGACCAUGUCGAGUCCGUCGCUGGGCUCAAAGGGGAAGUCCAAGGCAUGAUCCAGACGUGGCAUGAUCUGCUUGGCGCACGACAUGGCGCGCCGUCUGCGUGGCCCAUCUUGCCCAGUGUCCACCGCCACAGUCAACGACCGACCGACAGUGUGCCACUGACAGCGACAAUCCGCUUGAUUCAGCUGUCCGCGAGCUUGCCAGACUUAUGAACACCACUCGAUGAAAAGAGCACCGUCAGGCCAAACCAUGUUUAGUAUUAGAUGGAGAGACCUGCAACGACAUCUUGUCGUGAGAGUUAGAAAAUGGCACAUGGCGGCCUAUGCAAGGCGCCAGUACAAACGGCGACGCAAAUAUGUCCACAGAACCUACAACGGAGUCUACAGUGAAUACACCAUUUCAAUCGGA